UAGCAGAAGUAGAGCAAGCGCUGAGCGGCCGCGAGAUCAAGCGCACGCGCGGCCGGCGGUGGCACAGGCGUCCUCACGACGAUGCCCACCGAGAAUGAGGUGGGCAAUAGAAUACUUCAGCACCUACAGGCUGCCCUUCGGAGUCCCGACGCCGCCGCCGCGAAUAUCGCCGCCGCCGUGCGCGAAAUAGAUGAUGAGGGCCUUCUUAUGGCAUCUCUGUCACUUCGGCAAGUAAUGGGUCCAGAGCACCAGGGGAUGGUUCUGAGAAUCCCAGGACUCCGCAGAAUCACCAAGCGCCACCUCUGGAAGGCGGUCGCAGAGGGCAACGUGAGCCAGGCGCAGCUCCACCAGCAAAUCCCCUGGGUGGAGCCGCCGGCAGGUAUCUACGUCAACUCUCGAACCGGCUGGACGAUCGUCCACGAGGCCGUCGAGCGCGGCCACAGCGGAGCCAUGCUCACGCUGGUCGCGCAGUUGAUGGGGUCCGAUUCGGUCAACAAAAAGACGAGGACCGGUCUCACACCUGCUCAUGUGGCGGCGUCGAAGCGCGACACGCUGGCCCUCAUGGCGCUGGCCAAUCUAGGCGCGGACCUGUCGGUGCUAGCUGCGGACCGGUUGGAGCUGCGGGAGCUCCAGAAGCAGGCGUCGGAGGCCCCGGAACCACCGGAGCCGUUGGAACAAGCGCGCCUCAUGCUGGCGACUCUUGACCCCUCGGCGCUCGACCAACCCAAGCUCGACACGAUGCAGAUUGACCUCGCCACGACGAAAACGACGCUCGAGACGGCGUCGGAGCGGGUGCAGCGCGAGGUGAUGCGGCGCGAGCUCGCCGUACCCCGUGCAGAAGAGCGGCCGUGCGCAAUAUGUCUCGACCGUCCUCCGAAUGUGACGUUUGUCCCAUGUGGUCACAAGAUGACCUGCGAGCAAUGUGCGGCGGAAGUGAGGGAGUGCCCGGGCUGUCGCGCGCCGAUCCAGCAUAGACAGCGAACGUACGAUUAA